GGGAUAUCCUCAUCAUGCAAGGACAGUCCUCGUCGUCGUCAUCAUCGUCCAGUCAUAAACGGAGGAGAGGGGGAGAUGGGAAGAAGGAUGAUGAUGAUCAUCAGCACCAGCAUUCGGGAAAUUCGGAUGAUAUGCGCGCGGCAUUCGAGAGAGCUCGAGUGGAGAGUAGACGAGCCUAUCUUGAUAAACGUGAGGCUGAUAUUGAGCUCCUCCGGAAGAAACAAUUCCGCGCCUUGGAUGAUGUGUAUUCGACGGGGGCAGCGGAUAAGCGCAUACGAGGUGAAUUGGAACAGGAUAGGUAUCUGUACGAUCAAGCCUUGCAUAAUAAGGCCCUGAGAGGGAAGGACUUGACUGGAAAUUAUAUGAUGCCGGACGUCCAAGAUGAGUUCGAGCAGAAGAAGGGGCAGUUGAGUCAGAGAGAGCAACGAGUGCAGGCUCUUACCCGGGCUAGGUAUGAUGAUGAUGUUGAUAAGUAUGAGAAAAGCGAACAACAGUUGCUUGAGGAGAAGCAGAUGCAUGCAGGCACGUUUAGGGUGGGGACUGUUCGGGACGAGGGUAAGAAGGAAGAGGAGGAUCCUUAUCAGCUUAUAUUGGAUAAUCAGAUCAAGUUCGUAGAGUCUGAGAUUCAUGGAGGGGAUAUGAGCAGUGUGAAGCUUGAGGGGAGUAAGAAGGAGAAAUUGGCUAAGGUGAAAUACCUCAAGACCGAGUCCGGCGGCGUUGUCAAGAUGGAGGAUGGGGAGGUGGCGAAGAGUGCUUUGCAGAGGAUGUCGGCCAAGGAGAAGGCGGCCCUCAUAGCUGAAGCCCGCAGAGUGAAGCUCCAACACGACAGACGGUCAUUGCCGAUUUUCAAGUAUCGCGAUGAUUUGAUCGACGCUGUGAAGAAGUAUCCGGUCCUGGUCUUGGUGGGUGAGACGGGCUCUGGCAAGACUACGCAGAUGCCGCAGUACUUGCACGAGGCUGGCUAUACGAAGUUUGGUAAAAUUGGCUGUACUCAGCCGAGGCGUGUCGCUGCUAUGUCGGUCGCUGCUCGAGUGAGCGACGAGAUGGGCGUUAAACUCGGGCAUGAGGUGGGAUACAGUAUCAGGUUCGAGGAUAAGACCUCUGACUCUACCAUUAUCAAGUAUAUGACUGAUGGCAUGCUCCUCCGUGAAUUCCUGGGCGAACCGGAUUUGGCUUCAUAUAGUGUUAUGAUCAUUGACGAGGCUCAUGAACGUACCCUGCAUACUGAUAUACUGUUCGGGUUGGUGAAGGAUCUGCUCGCCUUCAGAAAGGACUUUAAGGUGAUUAUCUCGUCGGCUACGAUAGAUGCCCAGAAGUUCAGCAUGUAUUUUGAGAAUGCUCCCAUAUUCAAUGUACCUGGACGGAGGUAUCCUGUCACUAUUCAUUACACUAUAGCGCCUGAGGCUAACUACAUNNNNGAGCUCAGAUACUUCUUUAACGCGGCACGACUGAAUAAGAAUGGUUCGUACCGAACGGUGAAGAGUCCGCAUACUGUUGAGAUUCAUCCGAUGAGCGCCAUGUUUAAGAAGGCCGCCCAGGUUGUUAUAUAUAAUGAACUGGUACUGACUACAAAGGAGUUCAUGCGUAACGUUAUUCAAGUACUGCCUGAAGAGCUGAUGGAGGCUAGCCCGGAGUAUUACAAGGCUGAAGACUUUGGUGGGCAGAAGAACAUCAAGGGAAUCCCCAAGAUGGCAAAUGCCACUGCAGUGAGCCGGACAUAA